GCGAGCCGCUGGACGAGCUGCCCCCCAUGGACCCGGUGCGCAUGACGGACCUACUCUUCUGCCGCGGCUACGGCCCCGUGCGCGCCAACAUCCAGUUCCCCUUCUCCACGCUGUCCGGGGUCAGCGCCGUGAGCCACGUCACUGCGGUCAGGUGCUCCGGAGGUGAAACCACCCUGGAAUUCACCACGCAACACGACGAGAUCGUCCAGGACGGGCUGUACAACCUGACGGGCAGCUUUGGCGACGUGUUCGCCGUCGGCAAGGGCAACGCCCACAUCGUUCUCCGGGACGUGACCAUCCGCCACCAGCUGCGGUGGCGGCGCGCGCGCGGCGGCCUGCGGGUGCGCGACUACCGCGGAGCGGUGUCGCCCCGGGACAUGACGGUCCGCUACGAGAACCUGCGGGCCGAGGGCCGGGACGUGCUGGAGGACGAGUGUCGGCGCCACGACCAUACCGGCGGCGGAGAGAUCAGGCACGGUCGUUGGCACCGCUCCACGCGUCGAAAGAGGCGGAAACAGAGACGACGGUCGAAAAGGAGAAUCGUGGACGUCAACAAGUACUUCAACGAGCACUGGCGCUCGCUGUACGAGGCCAUCAAGCAGAGCGUGGACUUCGCGUUCUCGUCCGUGUUCCGCGACUACAUGGAGGUGGUGCUGCGGCGUCUCGAGGACCACAUCAACGAGUGUGACGGUCGCUUUGACGACUAGGGCCACGAGAUGCUUCCUCAAUAAUCAGCGAGCGUGAUGAGUCAAUCUA